GAAACUUCAUUUCUCCUGAGACCCUUCCGGCGGUGAGGGAGGCGCCGGCCGGCCGUAACAUGGCGGCGGGCUCCCUAAUGGCGAGGAGCCCCCUCCACAUUCUACUGUACGUCCUCGCCACCCUUGCCGUGACCGCGGCGGCAGAGGCGCCCACGCAGAAGGCACCGUUGCCGGCCUAUAACGUCACCGCCGACGAGGAGUACUGGGCGAAGCGAGCGGAGGAGGCCCGCGCUUAUAGCCGUGCGGCCUACGUGAGCGACCCCGUCGCGGAGCUCAACCGCUUCAACCGGGACGUGCACCGGGCGACGGCGCGGCGGUCGCUGGCGAGGAGGUACGGUGGCCGCCCGUGCGUGGCGACGAACCCCAUCGACCGGUGCUGGCGCUGCCGCGCCGACUGGGCCAGCGACCGGCAGCGCCUCGCCACCUGCGCGCGCGGCUUCGGCCACAACGCGGCGGGCGGCGCCGGCGGCCGGACGUACGUGGUCACCGAUCCCAGCGACGACGAACUCAUCGUCCCCAAGAAGGGCACGCUCCGGUUCGGCGUGAUCCAGGACCGGCCGCUGUGGAUCGUCUUCGGGCGGUCCAUGGUCAUCAGACUCUCCCAGGAGCUCAUCGUGAACAGCAACAAGACGAUCGACGGGCGCGGCGCGCAGGUGCACAUCACGGGGGCACAGAUGACGCUGCAGGGCGUGAGGCACGUGAUCAUCCACAACGUCCACAUCCACCACUCCGUGCCGCACUCGGGCGGCAUGAUCCGGGAUUCCAAGCACCACUACGGGCGGCGCACCCGGAGCGACGGCGACGGCGUCUCCAUCCUCUCCUCCAGCAGCGUGUGGAUCGACCACGGGUCCAUGUCCAGCUGCGCCGACGGCCUCAUCGACGUGGUCAGCGGCUCCACCGCCAUCACCGUGUCCAACAGCCACUUCACCAAGCACGACCACGUUAUGCUGUUCGGCGCCAGCAACACGGAGGAGCAGGACAGGAUGAUGCAGGUCACCGUCGCGUUCAACCACUUCGGCAAGGGGCUGGUGCAGCGGAUGCCCCGCUGCCGCUUCGGCUUCUUCCAGGUGGUGAACAACGACUACACGCACUGGCAGAUGUACGCCAUCGGCGGCAACCGGGACCCCACCAUCAUCAGCCAAGGGAACCGGUUCAUCGCGCCCGACGACGGCAACGCCAAGGAGGUGACCAAGCGGGAGUACGCGCCCUACACCGAGUACAAGGACUGGGUGUGGAAGUCGCAGGGGGACGUGAUGAUGAACGGGGCCUUCUUCAACGAGUCCGGCGGCCAAAACGAGCGCAGGUACGGCAACAUGGACUUCAUCCCGGCCAAGCACGGCAGGUAUGUCGGGCAGCUCACGCGGUUCGCCGGCGUGCUCGACUGCCGCAUCGGCAAGCCGUGCUAGUAACUUCAAUUGUGCCGCCUUGCCGGCUCAUUAAUUGUCGUCUCUCCGGGUGCAACUUGUGAUUUAAAAGGUCACAAAGUUUUACACGCGUGCGUGUAACUCGUGUGUGGUAACCGGUCUCAAAUGGAAAAAAGUGUCUUAUAGCC